AUGCUUCAGUCCUCAACCAGGCGGCUGGAGUCCAAGCCACCUGUGGAUGGGCAAAGACAGGAGCUCCUGGCCAGUCCCUUCAGUAGCGAAGUGGCACUCGGAAAUGCUAGCUGUCAUAAUGCUGAAGAAUGUAGUAUGCUCCCGGGCAUCGCCGUGACUCUCGUGGCCCACACAUACUACACAUCCUCGAACUCAGGACUCCCCCAAGGAAGAACCGUCGUGGUCGUCAGGAUCCUGCUGGCCCUUUCUUCCUUGAUCCUUCUGGCUUCCGUCAUCCUCUUUCACUUCGACCUCGCCUUCGUGUGGAUGUGGGCUCCCAGGGAAUCCUCCGUGGCUUUUCAGGUCCCUGAUGAUGCAGCUGUGUGGGCAGUUACAAUAUCGGGGCUGGUUGGGAGCAGCAGUAGUCUCAUCUGCAUACCGGUCACCUUCACCGGUUACCCCAAAAGCAGCGCCUCCCCGGUGGCAGACCGAAUCACCAUGAUGUCCAACUGGGUGUUCCAGUCCUCCCCGGCCCUCGCCAGCUCCCGGUUGUCUCUGAAUGGGGCGGUCACAGCUCACAGAAACUCGAGGCUGGAGAUUUUGCGUCGGUCUUUUGAAAACCCCCCAGCAAACAAUUCGGUAUCUCAUUCUCGUUAUAUUGACCCUGGAGAUAUGUCCUCCCCCGUCGACUCCCCAUACCGUGCCCUGAACACGUCCACGGUCAGCGCCACCUUCCCCUGCAAGGAGGCCAUCGUUGAUAUGAAAUUUAAAUCGGCAACCAUCUCGGGAAAAACGGCAGUCAGGAGCAUGCUGUCGUUCAAGCCCGUAGAGAGCUCGGGAGAAGCGCCGUCGCCCUCCAAGUCCUUGCCUCAGCUGAUGGGGAUCCUCCAUUCCAGGGCCUGGUCGAGCUCUCCUUCCUUCGCGUUUUUUGAUGCAGAGAAAUCCGAGGCUCCAAUAUUUCGGAUGCCUUCUACCAAAGACGUUUCGGAAUGCCAGCAGGAGACUGCCACCCCUUCAUCAGGAGCAUUUCCUGCACCUAUAACACCUUCGCCCUCGCCCUCGCAUGAGAAUCUCCGAGAAUACGAUGAGGAUUACUCCGCGCAGACAAGUCGUCAGUUAAGCACUCCGUCCCAUGCACACAAUGCCUUAUCACUGAUUACAUUUACUUCGUCCUCCAAUUCCUCGUCGAGUUCGGGUCCUGUCACGCCACUGUCUUUUGAAGUUCGUUCCACUAGUAAAAGGCUUCCAUACGUGUGGCCUGACUUGUCUUUGUUGCUUCCGUGGAAUCCUAAUAUCUCUGCUUCCUCUUCCUUCGAGCACCUAAAUAUAGACCAUGCAGAAACCAGUGGAACCUGUCCUCAACCUCUCGACGCGUCUGCUCUAAAUUUCUCGCCAUUCCCGCAGUGCCCCGCGUCCACUCCGGCCUACGAGACGUCACUGACAGUCGCCAAGCCGAAGCCAGCUCCGCCACCGAGGUCCGAAAGCCGUAGUCGGGCCACCAAGCCCACGCCUCCCGUCAGGAGUACGUCGUCCCUGGAAGGCAACUCUGCCACAUCGACCUCCUCUUUCCAUCUGCCCGUCAUCAGUCUCCCCAAACCAGAACAGGUCCCGAAUUCCGCAGUCAGAGCCCAGCAGUUUUCGUACUUGCCCAUCACUCCGGUUGGAGGCCUGCUGUCGCAGAGAAACCUCAAGUCCGUUUCGAAAAGCUCUGACCAUUCUUUUAGAACUCCUUACUCCGGACGCAGCAGUAAGUCCUCGGAUCCCCUGAGCGCAUCCUUCAAGUCGUGCUGGGCCACAGAUUUCUGACUACCAAGAUUCGACCACAGACACACACAUCCGGAGUGGUUAGAGU